AUGGUUAACAAGUCCAUGCGGUGCGUGAACAAGGCCGCUGAGAGCGCGUCUGCACGUCUCUGUGCGGACGCCGAAGCAGAAACCACAGCAACUGAUGUCUCAUCGGUUGCUGAAGCGACCCAGCCUGUGUCACUUGGUGAUGCAGGCGCUGGUCAUGAAGACACUCAUGUCUUCACAGAGUACGAGCUCGGUGUCUCGUACUCUCAUGAUACGGAAGACGGAUCCGUAUCGACGGCGAUUGAAUCCAAGCCGCCUGCCAAGCGUGGCAUGGACGAUGCUUUGCGUCGCAGCAUCUUUGGUUCAUCUGAUGAAUCACAUUAA